GACCAAGGUGUCAUCUCUCAUGAAGGAUAUUCCUGAAAAAGGAUCAUACUGGAGCAAGAUUGUAGAAAAACUCAAAAGGGAUGGUCCCAGGAAUGCUAUGGUAGGAGAGGCAUGGGAAGGCAGAGAGUUUAAGAUGCAACAGAGAAACCAAGAGAGACAUUUGAGGCAAAUGGCAGUCACUCACAAGAAUGUGUCUCCUCGAGAAUCAGACCAUGAAGUAGGAGGAAACACCAAUAUGAAGUCAGUUCUGAUUGGCCAGACCAAAGGCAAGAGGCUUCUCUCACCUGGUGCUUCUGAAGCAAGCUUGAGAGAAAAGGACUCAGACCUAGUUCGGCACCAGAGGAAACUAUAUAAGUUCCUUGGUUAUGAAAAGGACUUCAAAUAUUAUUCUGCUUUUAUCCAACAUCAAAAGAUUCACACUGGGAAGAAACCCCAUGAGUGUAACAAAUGCAGAAAAGCCUUCAGUGACAGUUCAUCCCUUAUUAAACAUAAGAGGACUCACACUGGGGAAAAGCCCUAUGAGUGUCACGAAUGUGGGAAAACCUUUAGUGUCCGGUCAUCCCUUAUUACCCAUCAGAGAAUUCACACUGGGGAAAAACCCUAUCAAUGUAAUGACUGUGGAAAAACCUUCAGCGUCCGAUCAUCCCUUACUAUCCAUAAGAGAAUUCACACUGGAGAAAAGCCUUAUGAAUGUAAUGACUGUGGAAAAGCCUUCAGUGUCCGAUCAUCCCUUACUAUCCAUAAGAGAAUUCACACUGGAGAAAAGCCCUAUAAAUGUAAUGACUGUGGAAAAGCCUUCAGUGUCCGGUCAUCCCUUACUAUCCAUAAGAGAAUUUACACAGGAGAAAAAUCUAAUCAGCACUCACAUCUCAUUCUUCACCGGAAGAUGCAUACUAGAGAGCAGCCUUAUGAAUGUAAUGUAUGUGGAAAAGCCUUCAGUAACAGUUCAUUCCUUACUAAACAUCAGAGAAUUCACAAAGGAGAGAAGCCCUAUCAAUGUGACAAAUGCAGGAAAUCCUUUAGUGACAGGUCAUCACUGACUAAACAUCAAAGAAUUCAUACUAGGGAGAAACCUUAUAAAUGUCAUGACUGUGGGAAAGCUUUCAACCAUAGCUCUCUCCUUAAAAAACAUAGGAGGAUUCACACUGGGGAGAAACCCUACAAAUGUAAUGAGUGUGGGAAAACAUUCAGACAGAAAUCAAACCUUACUCUACAUCAGAGAAUUCAUACUGGAGAAAAACCUUAUGAAUGUAGGGAAUGUGGGAAAGCUUUUAGUGAUUGCUCGUUCUUUAUCAAGCAUCAGAGGAUUCACACUGGAGAAAAACCUUAUGAAUGCAGUGAAUGUGGGAAAGCCUUCACGUGGAAUGAACAGCUUACUCUACAUCAGAGAGUUCACACUGGGGAGAAGCCCUAUGAAUGUAAUCAAUGUGGCAAAGCCUUCAGCCAGAGUCCACACCUUAUUCGACAUCAAAGAAUUCAUACGGGAGAGAAACCUUAUAAAUGUAGGGAAUGUGGGAAGGCCUUCAGCCAAAGCUCAUCCCUUACAAAACAUAUGAGAACUCACACUGGAGAGAAGCUUUAUAAGUGCAAUGAAUGUGGCAAAGCCCUGAGUCAAAGCUCAUCCUUGGCCAAACACAUAAGAACUCAUACUGGAGAGAAACAUUAUAAAUGUAGUGAGUGUGAGAGAGGUUUCAACAAUAGACUGUCCUUUAUUAAGCAUCAAAGAAAGCAUGUGGAAGAGAAACUCUGUACAUAAAGGGAAGCCCAUCGAACCCUUGCUCAACCGGUACAAAAUAACAAAAUAUCGAAAAAUUCAGGCCAGGGAGAAAAACUAUGAGAAGAAAUAACAUGAUAAAUCUUUGGGACAGUUCAGUCUUUAUUAAUGUGAAAAAAAUUUUUACCAGAUAGAAAUUUCAUUAAUGAAGUGACUUUAUCAAAUGUUUAUCAAGCAUUCACUAUGCACUUAAGAAAGCAGUAGGUGCAAGGAGAGAGGGGGAUUACAGAGAAGAAUAAAUAAGGUAGGGAAAGUGAGUCAAGAUGCAUUUAUUGAAUGCCUACUGUGUACCAGGCACUAUUCUAAGCAUUGAUGAUACACAGAAAGACAAAGAGCUCCUGCUCCCCGUGCAGUUAGCAUAAUACUAAGGAAGGAACACUGAAUUUACCAGAAGACCUAGUUCAAAGCCCAAUUCGGCCAUUUACUAAGAAUGACCUUAUUAGAGCACAUCUCUCCCUCAGUUUCAGAAAGAAAUUGGAUUCAAUCUUCUCUAAGUUUUCUUCUGAAUCCACAAAUAUUUUUGUCUUUAGCACUUUGAGACUCACAAAGGACUUUCCUCACCAAUCUUUGAUAUAGGUAGUCAGUAAACAUUUAUUAAGCACCUACUAUGUACUAGGCUCUGUGCCAAGCACUGAGAAUACCAAGAAAGGUGUAAGAAGCCUAUUCUCAAAAAGCUUCCAGUCUGAUGGGGAAGAGAAAACAUGCAAACAAGAUAUUUGCAGGAUAAAGCACUACUAUUACCUCCAUUUCACAGAUGAGGAAACUGAGAGGUUAAUAAAUCAAUCAAGUCACAUAGCUUGUACAGCUCUCAGAGCCAGGAUUGGAAUCCAGAGCACCACUCCACUUACCUAGAAAGAGUUCUUACCUGGUUAUAGAAUCAUAGCACCUGAAAUCCAAACCAUCUGAAAACCAAUCCUGAGGCUGCCUACCUGUGUGACCUGAUGCAAGUCAUUAACCACUCAGUAUUUCAAUUUUCUCAUAUGCAAAGUGACAGGCUUGGACCAGCCUAGGAAUUAAUAUAUGGGGCAGGAUUCCAGAUUAGGAGCUUGAAGGUAAAUGAGUUAAAAUGUAAGUGAAGAUAGGGGAGCUGAGACUCAGUCUUUUCCUCCUUCUCUGGGCCUUGUACUUAUAGAUGUUCAUAAAUCCUUUGCAAAUAGAAGAAUGAGUAUUUUCAUGGAAGAUAAUAGCUAUUUCUCUUAAUAAUAAAGCAAUCCUUUUUA